AUGGGAACAAAGGGAGAGCUCUAUUUUCCAAUCAAUACCCAAAUAACAGACCCUAUCCAAGCUACCACCUACACGCUUAGAAAACUCAUAGGUAGGGGCGCAUAUGCGCAAUGUUUCCUGGCCACAAUAGAAACAGGUGAGAACUUUGCCAUGAAAAUCAUCAAAUUGACAGACUUGAAGAGCGAGAAGGUCCUACAAAAACUUCAGAGUGAAAUAAGCAUUCAUUCGUCCUUGGACCAUCCAAAUGUUGUCAAAAUGUAUACAAGUUUUAGGAAUUCGGAGUACGUCUUUAUGGUUCUGGAGCUGUGCGAGCGUGGUGCUUUGGAUGAACUAUUGAAAAGAAAUGGAAAAUUAAAAGAGAAAUAUGUUUCUAAGUUUGUAUCGCAGUUGGUAAAGGGGCUAAUGUAUCUACAUCAUCAGAAAAGUGUGGUGCAUAGGGAUUUAAAACUGGCCAAUCUUUUCUUAGACGGAAAUCUAAACCUGAAAAUAGGGGACUUUGGAUUGAGCGCUAUUAUUAGGAAUGGGGAAAAAAGAAAGACUGUCUGUGGCACUCCAAAUUACAUAGCACCAGAGGUACUAUUCGGUAAGGCAGGUGGCCAUUCAUUUGAGGCUGAUAUCUGGUCACUGGGUGUCAUUAUCUACACCUUGCUCGUAGGAGUACCACCCUUCCAACAGAAAGAUAUAGAAGAGAUAUACCGACUUAUAGAGCUUAACAAGUACAUAUUCCCUGAGGACAGUCUAUUGAGCAGCGAGGCAAUUGACUUAAUUACUAGGAUUUUGAUUAGCAAUCCACGGGAAAGACCUGAUCUUGAGCAGAUUUUGCAUCACAAAUUUUUGACACAAAGAGAAAACUUAACCUAUCGAAUUUACAAGAAUUUAGAGAGUCGAGCAUACGCGACUGGGGCAUUUUGCGACGAGCAUGUCAUAUUCUCCAUGCCCAUCAACUCCUUUAAAGGUGUGGGGUAUGUCUUAAAGUCGGGUGUGUGUGGGAUAUACUACCAAAACCUUAUUAAUGUGUAUUUAAAAACCAAUACUUUAGUUUUGGUUAAAACAAUGAAUGAAAAUGGAAGGAAAGUGUUUGUCACAGAAGAGCAUCUCAUUGAAAGUAUGCCUAAAUCAUUGGAGCAGUAUCACGGUCACAUUCUUUAUUUUAUUACUCAUUUUGCCUCCAUUUCGUGUAGAACGGUGUUGAGCUCGGCAGCUAAUAGGAACUCGGCAGUCUUCGUAGCAAAAGUAAAGAAAAUCAAAGAUGGAUUGCUUUUCAUUAUGACUAAUUUUGUAUUUGUAUUUGAUUUUAAUGAUGGCACAAAGGUCUCAAUAGGACAUGAUGGAACAAGGAUACAUUGUUUUAAUGAUGAUGGCCCGGUUGAGUUUACAAAGCCUUUGCAGAUGGCAUGUUUAGAAGUGUUGAAAGCAUCGUGUUCUUUGCAACGCAAUUAA